UUUGCUGAUUCAACAUCAAUUUGAAUCAUAAAAACCCUAACGGGACCAAACUCAACUUCCCGCACACACACUCUCAAACUCUUCUAGCAGCACACGCUCACAGUAACACUAUGUCGGCAAUGGAGCUUCCACUUCUCACCUCCGCUAACAACGCCAUGGCUCUUUCCUCUCUUGCCCAAGCUUUGGUUCUUCAAACCGUCAUUGCUACCGGCAAAUCCCUCGCUUAUCUUCUCAUAGCGACUGGAUCUCUUCUUACAGAUGUCAAUAAUUUGAUAUCACCAAUGGAUGGGAGGUUUCCUUUAGACCAGCUGUACAAGGGAAACCAUACUUGUGAAGAGAACAAAGAUGGAAGUGAAACAGAGGAUGAUGAUGACGAUGACGACGAUGAUGAUGUGAAUGACGAGGAUGACGAUGAAGAUGAUGAGGACUUCUCUGGUGAUGAAGAUGAUGAUGAAGCCGACCCUGAGGAUGAUCCCGUGCCUAACGGUGGCGGAGGAAGUGACGACGAUGACGAUGAUGAUGAUGGAGAAGAUGACGAUGGUGAUGACGAAGAUGAUGAAGACGAGGAUGAAGACGAAGAAGAGGAAGAAGAUGAAGAAGUGGCGGCUCUUCAGCCACCUACUAAGAAGAAGAAAUAAGUGUUAUACUAGUAGGUAAAUUGUUUUCUUCUAGCCUUUUGAGCACUUUUUUGUUUUCUAGCGAUGUGUAGUUAUUGGGAUGCUGUGACAUGUCAAUCCAUCUUGCCUCUGGCCAACAUUAAGAUUUACAAACACCAUGCUUAGUAUAUUAUUAUGUAUCUCUUGUUAUUAUUA